GGUUGGGUUGAGGGUGGUGAGGAAGGAGUUGGAGAGGGUGUGUGAGGUGGUGGUGGACAAUUGAGGGGGGAUAGUGGUUCGGGCGGAACCGAGGGCAUCUCGUCGAAAAGAUUCGGAUGGGAUCGCUGGAAUGCAGACAGUGUCGGAGCAAAGUCACACAUGGAGUUGCGGCGUUAUGGGAACGAAGUCCCAGGACAGUCAAAAUUUAUUGCGACGGGACUUGGAUGGCAGCGGCAUUGGCGGAGUCAACGGAUUUUACAGGAUUCCCAUACCUACAGGUACUUCCCUUACUUAACCGUGUCUAUCAGGAUGAAGGGUUGUCUGCCUAUAUAUAUCAGUCAGGCGGCGUUGAUGGACCAUGGGAAACCGCGAAGAUUGAAUGGAUUUCAUGUUUCAAGUGGCAAUUGGUAUCUGGUGAUCUUGUCUCUUUGCUUCUGCGAUCGGUCCUUUGGGUUUCGGCGGUUGCAUCUUCUAUCGACGUGGGAAUCGGCUCAUCAAGAUGCCUUCUGAAAGAGCUUGGGAUAUCGUGUUGGAAUGCCGGCGUUCUAGACCAGGUGUGGUCGUCCUGCUCUUCGCACGGGUGUCAGGUUCUGUCCUGACUUCCGCGGCGCACCAUAUCCCAUCACGUACGCGUGUCUGAACGAUAUUGGCUUCAUCCUCUCACGCACCUGCUAUGCCGCCUCGUUUGUCCAACGAUCGGAAAUGCCUCCGUCGGGGCGCCGCAUACAUUCCCUCUACCGGGUCGUACUGCCAACGACGCCAAUUCCAUAUCGAACCACUUUACAUUCCACGCGCGCAACGGGUACAAAUUCAAACCUAUUGUAUCCCUCGCGAUUCCCAGCCUCUCACUCUAUCCGUCCUUUAAAAGUCGCGUUCAACCGUACAUCCAGCCUCAUCAGACUACGUUCGACUAACCUAGCUCCCGUGCAAUACCGAACCUGUCCGAGCCGUUGGGUACCAC